AUGUCGGGGAUCCUCUACCGCAACCACACUGCUACUGUCAUCUUGAUCGAUAUUCCUCAAUCCAUCCGCGAUGGCCAACAAGUUCCCUACACCCUCAGGUCAACUCCGGCUCUCGAAAUGCCGUAUCCCAGCUCGGAACCGAAGGGUUUGAGGCGAGAGGCUAUGCUCAACAGGAUCGCCGUCGACGAGCAGCUCUAUCAUGGGUCCGUGCAAAGGGAUAUUUGUGCCGCACUGAUCGAGAUCCGGACACAUUUGCAUGGUCAAGGCGUGGCUUGGUGCCACUUGCGCAGCGAUUUGACCUCUCACACUGACUCGACGGCUCGCUUAGCAACCCAAACAAGCAAUUCAAAUGUGAGCGCCAGUCCUUCCUCAAGGGACGGUGCGGUACCUGUGGUUUUAUCGACUACACAAACACGCAACAAGUUUGGCUCUCUUGAAAAUCUGCAAGGUAACAUUGUCUGCAACUUUCGGUCGGAGACUGCUAUAGCUGAGGUUGGCGACGUUGGUGACUUUAUUGUUCCCCCAGGAUCUGCAUUCCUUUGGGCGAGUAUCGAACAAGGACUUGCCGCUUUUCUUAUAGCCCGUCGAGAAAUCUCGCCGAGAAAUAGGACCUUUGAUCUCAUUCUGAUGGACCCCCCCUGGUCCAACCGGUCAGUUCGCAACUCUCAUGCUUAUAGGACAUCGGAAGCUCAGGAUCAGGAUCCAUUUCCGCAGGCAUUGCGCGUGGUGGAGGAUUUUCUUGCCCCGCAAGGACUACUUGCCAUCUGGAUUACUAACAAGUCUUCUAUCCGCGCGAGAGUAUUGCAGACUCUGCAAGCACUAGACCUGCGUUUACGGGAAGAAUGGGUGUGGAUCAAGUCGACCGCUCAAGGGGUUCCCGUCAGCCAAAUUGAUGGAAUCUGGCGGAGGCCGUAUGAGGUCCUGCUGUUAUUUCGGAAAGGUCGAUCUCCUGAAGACCCCAAACGAAGGGUCAUCGCUGCCGUUCCGGACGUGCAUUCGCGAAAACCCUGUCUGAAGAUGUUAUUGGAAGAACAUCUUCCUUCAAAGUACAGCGCCCUGGAACUAUUUGCUAGAAAUCUGACAGCCGGCUGGUGGUCGUGGGGCGAUGAGGUAUUGAAGUUCCAACACGAAAGCCAAUGGGAUGGUUAUGAGAGAUCUGAAGUAGAGGUCUAG